CCUUAUUUGAGAAAUAACUCCAUUUUUCUCUUUUGAAGACAACAUGAGACCGUUGUCUCUGAAGGGCCACGAUCGUGCACUGACUCGAGUUAGAUUUAAUCGGGAAGGAGACUUGCUAAUCUCCGCAGCAAAGAACAAACAGCCAUGUUUGUGGUACACGGAGAAUGGCGAGCGAAUAGGCACUUACGAUGGCCAUAAUGGUGUAGUUUGGGAUGUGGAUGUGUCUUGGGACACAACAAGAUUGGGAACCGCGUCUGGUGAUAACUCUAUAAAGUUCUGGGACUGUGAAACUGGUGUCGUAUUGCACACGAUCAACACUCCCACUCCAGCAAAGUCAGUGAAUAUCUCCUUCUCAGGGCAUCUUCUUGCGUAUACUACACAGAAAAUGACGAAGAAUCCUUCCGUGCUUUGCGUUGUGGAUACUAGAGAUGAUCAACAAAUGACGGCUGAUGAUCCGUUGUUCCGAACUCAUUUUGAAUUUGACAAUUCCGCGACUACUUGUGUUUUUAGUGGAGCUUCCGACAUUGUGACUGUUGGCUUUGAAAAUGGUCAUAUACUUCAAUACGACCUAAAAGGCAAUGAGGAACCUGUCAACUCCAACGAUAAAGUUCAUCGAUAUGCAAUCACUGAUCUUCAACUAUCACCUGAUGGAGCCUUUGUGAUAUCGUCAUCAAAAGACAAGACAGCUGCGCUACUUGAUGUCUACACUCUGGAACAUCUUAAACAAUAUCGAUCUGAACGACCAGUGAAUUCUGCUUGCAUAUCGCCCAUCCGUGAUCAUAUCUGCCUUGGAGGAGGAGAAGAUGCGAUGCAAGUAACACAAACGGCAGUUUCCGCUGGACACUUUGAGGCAAAGCUCUACCAUAUGGUCUUCGAAGAAGAAUUUGCAAGGUUCAAGGGUCAUUUCGGUCCCAUCAACACAAUGGCUUGGCAUCCUUCUGGCAACAUCAUUGCAACCGGUGGAGAGGAUGGCUACGUUCGUGUGCAAGAGUUUGAUGAUGAUUACCUUGAGUUCAAAUAUGAUUACUAAUUGUUAACAUAUCUGAUUAUUUUCCGAUGAUGUAAUGUCAGAGUGUGGACAACUGUUAUCUUUUGCAAUCUUUUUUGUUUGUUACGAGGGUUCUUUUUCCCAGCUUGUUCUUAUCAGCGCGGUGACUGUUGAAUUUUAUUGUUGGAACGUCGCGCUCGUGAUUUUGUGGUGAACUUCCAUCUUUUUCAUAAAUAUAACGCGGUUGUGGUUUUAAAGUUCUACAUGGCAUGUGCUUGUUCAUGAAGAAACUAUUUCUAUAUCUUGUUCAGAAAUUCUCUAUGUAGUGCUCUAUAAGAUAGUUUUGGCGCGAAGUUUUUGUUUUUUGUUUCUCAGAUGUUGUCGCUGAAAUGCGUUGCCGUCAUCGCUGCUUUACUGAUAGACAUAGAAACAGAAGUGACAACGUAACGCUCUAGCGAUAGCGAGUUUAUGAACACCUUUUACUAGUUUAUCAAGCUAUUUUAUCAGAUUGUUGGUUCCGCAUGCGUCCUUACUGGGAACCAUACUAUAUAACAAU